UAGCGGAAGAGAGAUAGUGUGAUGAGAGAGACAGAGAGGCCAUCAACCGAUAAGCCCCAGCCAAUUCACAGCCAAAAUUUUGAGAUCAGUCGAGAAACAAAUCUCGUGCAACACACAACCUAACAUGGGAGCCAUUCCUCAAGCUCUCUCCUGCCUAAUCUUUAUCGCCCUGGGGCGCUUGGAUGUCCAGGGGGGCGUUUAUAAGGAGCUAACGACACCCCUGGGCCAUGAGAUCAUGCGGCACGCCAAGUCAGCGGAUAUGCGCUCCUUCAUUGAUCCGAGUGUGAGUCCCUGCGAUGACUUCUAUGGCUAUGCCUGCGGGAAGUAUCCCUCCAUAAAUGCAGCCUCUCGGGAGACGGACAAAAGCAUCGGGCAGGCACUCCGUGAUGGCUAUCUGCGGCGAGUGCGACAGCUGCUGAACGAGCCCAAGAUGAGCACGGACCGGCCCAUGGAGACGCGGGUGAAGUACUUCUACGAGUCGUGCCUGAACACCACGGCACUGAGGAUGAACCAGCGCAGCCACUUGCUCCACAUUCUGAGGGAAUUUGGAGGCAUGCCGGCCGUGGAGGGCAGCACCUGGGACGAGUCCAAGUUCGAUGCCAUUGAUAUGAUGGCCACGCUGCUGCGACGCUACGGGAAGAUCACGUUCCUAGGCGUGAGUGUCGGCCCCGAUAUUGCCAACAGCCAGAUCAAUCGCUUGUCCCUGGGCCAAAGGGAUGACCUGGUGGUCAUCAAAGAUGAGGAAUCAAUGAAACUGGUCAAGAAGGUGCGCCUAAAGUGGAGGCUGCAGCAGCUACUUGGUGUCUCGCCAGAGCGUGCCCAGAAGACGGCCAUUGAGAUCGGCACCCUGGACUCGGAGCUGGGGCGCAGUGGCAUCGACCGGAAGAUGGUUGGGGAUCCGCGAUUGAGACAACGCCUGACAGUGAUCAGCAGUCUGACGGAGACCUACGGACCGUCCCUGAACUUCACCAGAUUUGUGAGCACCUGGCUGGACCAUGACUACCAGCUGCCCGUCUACGAGUACGUGCCCGGCUACCUGUGGCAGUUGAACAAGAUUCUGUCGAGCACACCCAAACGCGUUCUGGCGAACUAUAUGCUCUCGAGCCUGGUAGAGGACUUUGUGGUGGAAUUGGAGCCCGAGAAGCAACAGCAGCAGCAGGAGGACUACUGUGCGGUACGGACCACAGAUCUAUUUCCUGCUGUGGUGGAUCACAUGGUCUAUCACUCCCUGGAGCAGCAGAGUCCCCACAUUCCCGUCAUCCUGCGGCAGCUAUUUCAGGAGCUGAAGGACACCUUUGAGGCGAUGCUGAAUGGCCCUGAUCUGGAGUGGCUGGACGAGCAGACGCGCAAUGGGAUGGUUGAAAAACUCAAGCUCAUGUCCUUCCAGAUAUCUGGCGAGGAAUCUGUGGACUUCGAGGAGCACUACGGCUCCUUGAUCAUCAGCUCGGCCGACUACUAUGGCAACAUUGAGCGUCUGUUGGAGGUGCGUGCCCUCAACCUUCGCGAGGAUCUGCAGAGGCCGCAGUCGAAGCCCAUCUUCUACGACGACACGAUCGAUUCGCCCUGCUAUGUCAGGGAGGCCAAUAUGGUGGUCUUUCCGGCCAGUCAUAUGCAGCAUCGCUACUUCUGGGACGAUGUCUACCCAGCGGCCCUCAAAUACGGCACUCUGGGCUUUGACCUCGCCCACGAGAUAGCGCACGCCUUCGACGACUCGAACCUGUUGUUCGAUGGAAAGGGAAAUCUACGCGACUCAUGGUCCAGCGAUGCCAAGACGAACUUCAAGCUGCUCAAACAGUGUCUGGUGGAUCAGUUUAGCGAGCUGCGCUUCGGCAACCAAAAGCUGCCAAGGAGGGAGACGCAGGGCGAGAACAUUGCCGACAAUGUGGGCAUCCGCAUCGCCUUGGCCGCCUACCAAAAGUGGCUGCUGGAUCACUCCAAGACUGUGGAUGCGGGAACGGAAGCCCUGCCCCAUAUGCCGCAGACGCCGCUGCAGCUCUUCUUCCUCAGCCUAACUCAGACCAUGUGUUCGGAUGUGCUGCCCGAGAGGCGCCAUGCCCAUGUCAUGACCAGUGUCCAUGCACCGUCAGAGGCGCGUGUGCGCGCCAUGAUGGGCAACACCCAAUCCUUUGCCGAGGCCUUUCAGUGCGGGAACACCACCAGAAUGAAUCCCCCCCUCAGAUGCAAGGUGUACUGAUUUAAUGAUUUAGUUCCUAAUAGUUCCUAUAUACGAAGGUAUACUCAUUAAACAAGUAGUUCCGCUUCCGAA